AAUGAGUCUGCAACUAAUGGAAAGGUAGAGAGCAAGGAACGUAGAUGUCGACUCAUGGUUCGAGGAUCACGAGCGGCCAUUCGGAAGAUGACAAGGUGUGACCUAGAGAUGAAGCGGAGUGUUACGUCGAGCGACUGAUUUGUCAUGAAACGCGUUAUGCUUUUCGGAUACUUGACGUACUCCUGUGGGAAGGGUUUUCUCGUUCUCUUCGUGAUUAGUCUUAUCGCAGUACAACACUUUACUUAUUAUCAGGAGCUGCACAAGUGGCAAGAGAUGAGGAAAGAAUUGGAAUCCUUGAUAGCCGUUCAACGCGAGACGCAAGAUAUACUGCAAUAUCAAAUGAUGUUGCUGAGACAAAAGACGUUCGAUUUGAACAAGACUGCGACGGCGAACGAUAAAACGACUAUAUACGCUGUAACACCGACGUUCGCCAGGGCCGUACAAAAGGCCGAACUGACGCGGCUCUCUCAAACUUUUCGACUGGUACCAAACUUCCAUUGGAUCGUCGUCGAGGAUUCGUUCGAGAGGACCAGACUCGUCUCGAAAUUUCUCGAGGAAAGUUGCUUGAUUUACACCCACCUAGCGGCGGCUACUCCCCCUAAUUAUAAGCUCGGAAAAAACGAUCCCAAUUGGAAGAAGCCGCGGGGGGUCGAGCAAAGAAACGCCGCUUUGCGCUGGCUCAGGAAGAAUCUAAAGUCCGACGAUAACGGUGUAGUAUUCUUCGCCGACGACGACAAUACUUAUUCCCUGAAAUUGUUCCAAGAGAUGAGGAAGAUUCGAAAGGUCGGUGUUUGGCCGGUUGGCCUAGUCGGUGGACUGAUGGUGGAGAAACCUAUCUGUGAUAAUGCUACCAAUAAAGUAAUUGGCUUUAAUGCCGCUUGGAAACCCGACAGACCGUUCCCCAUUGACAUGGCAGGUUUCGCCAUUAAUCUGAGGCUCCUCUUGGAGAAUAGCCAUGCUGUAUUUUCUUACGACGUACAGAGCGGAUACCAGGAGAGCGAGAUCCUUCGACAAAUCGUCACCAGAGACGAGUUGGAGCCCUUGGCGGAUUCUUGCACGAAAAUAUACGUUUGGCAUACGCGAACGGAACCGCCACGGCUGAACGUCGAGCAGCUAUUGAUAAAGAAGGGAAAACGUUCGGAUACAGGAAUAGAGGUCUAAUUUUUAUUUGCCAAGAAAGACGUCUUCGUUUACCUCCUACCUAUGUGCCGUAGCUCGAAUCGAGGCGAGCGAUGCGAGCACGGACUCGAUUUGCGUAGUCAAACUAGAGAGCGUGCCAUCGAGAAAAUAGUUUUGCGUACGAAGACGACGAGACGUCGUUGGUUCGUCGGGGAAAGAAAAAAAGAAAACCCCGAAAGAAUACAUAUUUUUUAUCUUUUUUCUUUGCGAGCGCACAAUUUUGCGAAACGCGCGAUGGGAAUCGUCGAUAAGGUAGGAAUUUAUCGUACCAACGAGUCAUAACGACGUAUUAUCGUCCGAUGUUUCGUCAGGGCAAUCCUAUUUAGAUAUUUUUUUUUUCUUUUUACGAUACCUAUUAAUACUUAUCAAAUCGAUCGAGAAAAGACAAUGCAGAUCCAAAAAACUUAUUUUUUCCGUUCAUUUGGGUUUCAAUCGAUAUCGUCUUUUAUAACGUUCAUUAUCAACGAUUGUUAUCAUUGAAAACAAUUUAUAACGUUUCUUUUACGCUCGUAUCAGACGCCGCGAUCCAAUUUUUUCCAACUUAUGUUACUUCCUGAUAUUAAAAUAAACAAAUAAAGGGUAUACGUGUUUACACAAAA